GAGUUUUUCAAUCUCAUUCACACGCAAAGUGGUCAAAUUGCUGUUCUUUACGUGCAUUGGAAGGGGAGGUGGGGAGUUGAGAGCGCCCUUUGUCGGCUGCAUUCAAUUCUUUGCGUCUUCUUUCUGCAGUCGUUGGGCGGUGCCAAUGGAUGGGAGAGAGUGAUAAACCAUUGCUUUAGCGCGGUCAUGCCGUAUGCAUUUUAUGCAGAUGAUGUGAUGUGGCCGGCACGUGGUGACAUUUCUAUUUAUAUCUUGUAUGUUGAUGGCGUAUUCUUGGCAGGCAAGAAGCAUUGGAUGGGAUGAUUAAACGGGAUAAGCAAAAGGGGAUCAAAUGGGGAUACGCAAAUACAAGAGGGGUAUGGUGCAGAAGGACGCUACGAAGCGCCAAGGAAAAUAACGCGCGAACAACGCAUUUAAAAGCAAAAGCACACUUGCAGUAGGCACUUUUUCACACACUACCUUUAAACCAUGUCGUCGUCGUCCAAUGAAAAGAAGAUGCAGCAGCAGCAGCAGCAGCAGCUACCGCGAGGUUAUCCUGGCAUGGAAGCUCCUCCGGCGUAUCAGCCCGCUGGCCCAAGUCAAUUCCAAGGGCAACAUGCUCAAAUUCCAUUUCCUCAACCACACCAACAACAACAGCAACAGCAGCAACCGCAAUACGCUCCACAACCGCAACCGCAGUACGCAGCACCAGCGAUUCCUCCUCCAAGCCUCCAAGCACACCCGCAAGUCGUCCUCCCUCCAGGCAUCUUACCACAAGGCGUCCAAGUCCAGUACCUUACACCGCAACAAUUCAGCCAACAACCCACAACCACCACCAUCAUCUACGUCGCCCAUGCAUCUCAACCGCUUUCGCACCACCCAACCCCAACAACUUGUCCUCACUGCCACACACCCAUCACAACCAUUGUCCAAAAGGACCCUGGCAUCGUUGCAUGGUUUUCGUCCAUUGCACUGUGUUUCUCCGGAUGUGUGUUUGGGUGCUGUUUGAUUCCUCUCAUGAAUGACUCGUUCAAGGAUUCCAGGCAUUUGUGUCCAAGGUGUAUGGGGUUGGUGGGCAUCAAGAGGAGGUAAAUUGACUGGUUUAAACUGUUAAUGGAAGGUGCAGAGAAACGAAUGUUUUUUAUAGAGCUAUUAAGUUAUUUUACGAUUUCAAUUCACUAUUUCACGUAUUCGUUUGAAUAAAGAUACAUAUAAAAAAAACAGUGCUACAUUCUAACACUUGGAUUCAACGGUUUUGGUAAAAACCCAUCCAUCCCCG